UAUUCCGCGCGUCGUCGUACGGUAUAGAGGUUUUGUUUUUCUUUUCCUUCGGUGAUCUUUUUUUCCCCAUUGAAGCGCGACGAACUUCGUUCUUGUCCGAGAAAGACAAGAGAUAUAUUAAGUGAUAGACACGGGAUUGUGAGAAAAAGAAAAAAAAAAAAAAGAAAUAAAAUAAAUAAAUUAAUUAAAGUGACAAAGGGAUAUUAAGGAGAAGAAAGGGUGAAGGGUUUAAAAAAGGAAUCAUAUAAUCAACACAAUCGAUAAACGUUGCUUUUGAAAAAAGGGGAGUUUUUUGGCAUCCUUGCAGAUAUCAUGAUAUCGAGGGGAGGAUUUCUAUGAGGGUAUAAAAAUCCGGCCAAUUUGUAAAAUCUUCAAAAAUCUUUAGAACGAUCGAGCCCCAGUGGAGAGGAAGAAAAGUGAUAUAAAAAAUAAAAGGAUGAUCUAUCAUCAAGAUUACGAUAUAAAUAAAAUUAUUUAUCAAGAAUGCGAUUAGAGAAAGAAAGAAGAAGAGAAGAAGAAGUAGAAGUAGAAGAGGAAGAGGAAGAAGAAGAAGAGGAGGAGGAAGAAGAAGAAGAAGAAGAAGAAGAAGAAGAAGAAGAAGAAGAAGAAGAAGAAGAAGAUAAUCGAGUUACGUUGGGAACGCGUGGAUCAUUGGAUCGUGCGGAAGUGCCUCUUGGGAGGAAACGAAAGAUGCGAUAAAAAUCAAAGGAAGAUUAGAAAAGUGAAAGAGAGAAAAAGAAGAAGAAGAAGAAGAAAAAGAAGAAGGAUAAAGUGUAAGAAAGAAAAACAAGAGAUCAAUCUAAGAAAGGAUUUCGAUACAAAAGCAAUAUAUAUACAUAUAUAUAUAUAUAUAUAUAUAUUUAUAUAUAUUUAACCGACAAAAUGGCGGAAGAAACGUUUCGUCGUAAAACUCGAUCGGCCUCGAUUUGUGCCCCUGGUUUUUCGAGUAUGGAACAAAUGUUAGGUACCAUACCACCAUCGGGAGCAAAGGAAAGGGACAAAAGCGAUCGUGAAAGAGACAGUGGUAGCGGUACUCCUGAUAGUAAUACACCAACGAGAAGACGAAGACCAGCGACGAGAUCUCAAAGCGCAAGAGUUUCCGGAGCAAAUAAGAGCAUUCGACGCAGGGCGGUACAAACCGCCGAUCAUCAUCUUCAUCAUCACGAGGGUACUGUUAAAUCUCCUCAUUGCAGUAGCGAACCAAAAUUAACGAACGCCGAUGUCAGUCCAGCAUGUAGAAGAAGGGGUAGCAGAAGAGGUCAGAGCAUGCAUCAUGCUCAACAAAAGAAGAGCAAUGACUUUCUUGACGUUCCGGUAACGUCUAUGCAAUUAUCACCGAGAGAAGGAGAGGACGAGGAUAGUUAUAGACUUCGAAGCUUUAGUCUCACGAGAAAAGGUCUCGUCAAUAGAGGAGACUCAUUCAAACGAAGAAGAUCACGAUCGAAUUCUUUGGCACCUGCGGAACAGGAAACGGAAGAAACGAAUUCCUUGCCACCGAAGGAGGUCAUAUCGUAUAACGUAGCCAUUUUGGGAGCAAGGAGAGUUGGAAAGACAGGCUUGAUUGGCCAAUUCAUGACGAGUGAAUGUAUCAAUGCCUAUGACAGGCAAAGAGAUAUGCCGAGUGAACAAUCCGUUUUUGUGAAACUUGAUGGAGAGGAAAGCGAAUUGAUAUUUUUAAAUAUAUCCAAUCCAAAGACGGAAUUAGAGAAGAUACCACCUCCGGAUGCUUUCGUGGUAAUGUAUUCGGUAAUCGACAAGGCAUCCUUUCAAAAGGCAGAACAAUAUUUAGCUUACCUACGUGAUCAGGACCUCGGUAAACCUGUCAUUCUCGUGGGCAAUAAGGUCGACCUAGCUCGUUCACGAGUCGUUCCAUAUUCAGACGGCAAGGAUAAGGCAUGUAGAUAUCGUGCGAAGUUCAUCGAGGUGUCGGUUGGUAUUAAACAUAACGUCGACGAAUUAUUGGUCGGUAUAUUGAAACAAAUACGGCUAAAAAUUGAUCAAGGCCAAUUGGAGAAUCAAAGUGGUGGUAAUACGGCGAGCGAGGGAGGCGGUCAUUGGUAUAAUAAGUCUGGAGUAGUUGUACGAGCUAGCAUGAAGGCUAAACAAAUGUUAAAUUCACUCUUCAGAAGAGAGGAUAGUAAAUUCAAGAACUGCGAAGAUCUUCACGUGUUGUAGAUCGGAAAAAAAAAAGAAGGAUAGACUUUUCUCGGGAUCAGGGUGGGAGGGGGGAGAAAGGAAGUGAUGGGAAGGGUGGAACGAGGGGAGAUGGGAAAACUGUCUCUCUUUCUCUUUCCCUCUCUUUUUCUCUUUCUCUUUCUCUCUCUCUCUCCCUCUCUCUUUCUCUGUCUCUUUUUCUCUCUCUCUCUCUCUCUCUCUCUCUCUCUCUCUCUCUUUCUCUCUCUCUCUCUCUGUCCUCUUGGUGGAUAUAUUAUAUUAAACACAUUGCAUAAUAUUUUACAACAAGAGCGUUAAAAAAGGAACGUAAAAAAGAACGUUGUUGCGUAAAGGUGCGAGUAAAAGGAUAAACAAAAAAAAAAAAAAAAAGAAAGGAAAUCCAAUAUGUCGAUGAUAACAGCCAAAAGAGGUACAUUUUUAUAUUAUUAUUAUCAAGCGGCGAUAUCUAAGUGCCAAUCUAAUUAAUUUCGAAUGAGAGUUUUUUGUUUUGUUUUGUUUUCUUUUUUUUUUUUUUUUUUUUUUUUAUUUUUUUUUUUUUUUUGAUCAUACGGGACUCAAGUUGACUCUCUUUCUCUCUCUCUCUCUCUCUCUCUCUCUCUCUCUCUCUCUCUCUAGCGAGAAAUUAAUUCUGUUGAUUAAACUAAUCACUUCGCGAGCAUUGUCUAACGUUAAAUAUGAAAAUAAUCUUCUGGUAAAUCACUAUAAACGUGUUCCGUGUUUAUUAUAUAUGUAUAUACAUAUAUAUAUAUAUAUAACUAAGAAUUUUGUAGGAUAUAAGCUGCAU